UGUCAAAGAAAUUUGGAUUCCACCGGUAAACAGAAAAUAAAUAUUUAAAAAUAAAUAGACUAACCGUAGAAACAUGUGUGAUGAUGUUCAAAAUUGUUGCCGCAUAUGUCUGGACGCGGAAUCGGACCAUGUCUCCAUUCUCGGAGACCCCACUAUCAGUUUACACAUGAAAUCCUGUCUGUCUGUAACCGUAUCCGCUAAUGAUCACCUUCCUAAGACAGUUUGCUUAUCCUGUGUAUCGUUAUUAAACCAGUUUUACAACUUCCAACUCAAUGCUCGCUGUUCCCAAGACUGGCUGGAAUCUUCAGUGCAAGAGAAGUUGAAGAAACCCUCUGAAAGCAAAAUGGUGAUACAACCUUUGCCCGACUCGGAAUAUAAUUCAGACUCGCUCUUAGAGUUUCUUAAUAACACUGCGAACAUCGAAGAAUAUUUAAACAACCUUGGUAAGGAAGAUAUACCUUGUAUUGUGAACAUGUUGGAUAGAAAUGAGCAUUCCAUGGAAAUAAGUAAGAUGAACAACAAAGUGACUAAAGUACCCAGUCCUAAAAAGAAAGACAUCACAAAGAAAUUUAAAUUAGAAAAAGAAGUGCUAGAUACAGAUUACCAAAUAGCGAAAGGUUUUGCAAUCAAAGAGACUGAUGUAAAAAUCAAGGUGAACCAAGUAAAGGUUGAAAAGAAUGAUUUCAUAUGCUUCGGUUGUAAGAUAAAAUUUGAUACUGUACAAAAGUUGUUGCAACAUCUGAGUGUGUGCGAUAUUGCUUCCCGAACGUGCAUACAUUGUAACCAGCUGUUUAAUUCAAAGCUGCAGAUGCAACAACAUUCAUUAUUACACAACACAACACAGCCUUUCACUUGCAACUGCGGUGAGGAGUUUCCGUCAAAGGAGCGUUUAAUGCAGCACCACAAAACCUGCCACAUGGACUACGCAGCUACCGUAGGAUAUGUGUACCGAUGUAAAGGAUGCGGAGACACGUUUAGAGAAAGGUUUCAACUGUACAAACAUGCUAAAGAACACAUUAUUAAGUCCGAAGAGAGGGUGUGUGAUAUCUGCGGUCAUACUUUCCCUGGCAGUGAUGCGUUGAAUAAGCAUAGGAAAGAGGAACAUGAGAAACCUGAAAAUGUCAUGUACAAAUGCAAAAUAUGCAACAUAACAUCAACAGACCGCAAAGAAAUGUACCUCCACGUGAAAAAGCAUACCGCAAGACCGGAACCAACUCGUCACUUAUGUGAAUCAUGCGGCCGCAGCUUUACAACUAGAACCUCUUUACUCCGACACUCAUUACUUCACAGUAGUGAUAAGACUGUAUGUCAUAUUUGUCAAAAACAGCUCAUGGAUACUAAGUUAUUAGAACACCAUUUAAUGGAGCAUAUUGAAAUAGCGAUUUGUGAAAAAUGUGGCCAAAGUAUGAGUAGAUUCAAGCUGGCUACACAUGGUUGUGUGUAGUUGUAGUCUUAGGUAAGUGUGUGGCCUAACACAAAGAAAUCAGUUUUGGAAAGUCAAAUGUUUUUUUACCUUCAUCUAAGUUCAUCCAUAAUUAUGAUGUUUCCUGGAACUUUAAAAAGUAAAAUAGGUACCAAAGAUUGAAAUACAAUUAAUAUGCUUGUGUUAGGUUCAUCUCUGUUAUUUUUAUAGCUCUACAAACAAUUAUGUAAUCAUGUCAAUUACCAAAUUUUAUAAUAUUAUUUCUAGAUUAAAACUAAUUUCACUUAAAGCAAAUCGUUUCAGACAGUGAAACGAUUUGCUUUAAGCGAAAUUAGUCCAGACUACAUUUUAUUGUAUUUUCAUUUGCAUGUUAAUAAGUUAUUAUAUGAUAAUUGCAAUUAUUGAUAAAUGCUCAUUAAUAUAAGAGAAAAUUCACCACGUGAGAUUUUAAGUAAAAUUCUCACACUGCCCCGCAUGAUGCAGCGUAGCGCGUGGAUGCGUGUUCUUCCGUUGUUUGUAAGUAUCUCCGUUUGUAUGGAAAACACGCACAGUCCAACACACUGAAA